AUGCCCACCAAACCCAAAUUCCAUCACCAGUCACCGAAAAAGAACUAUAAUGUUGAGAUUUUGGAAAAGCCACUGCCCAAGCCGCCAUCUACUGCCGAUAUCCUCCAACACGAGUCAUACGACCGAGCUCCAAUCACCAGAUGGCUUGUUGUGACGGGUCUGCUCUUCUCGUAUGUGGCGGGAGUGCUUCGCGUUGUGUUCGGAUCCGGAGCUGUCCUCAAGCCGACCAAGUCCGCUGCGAGCAGAAGUUAUCAUAACACUUGGGGCAAAUUCUUCCACAAUUGGCCGCAGCUGAACCUCACCCCGGUCACAGCAGAGUUUCUGCCUCUCGUCGGCAACACUAUUAUUACGCUACUGGGGGGGGGGGGGGGGGGGAGCAUGGGAAUGAUCCACUCAACAACGCUGCGCUGGGCACUGGGAGAUGAAUUGACCUUCAACUCAAAUCUACGUCUUUUCACUUUCGCCGGCCAACGGCAUAUCUCCCUCGGCAAGGUGUCCAAUCUGCUCCAUACGAUCUUUAUACUUCUAUAUUAUGCUGCCUCGUCUCUCGUCUUUGCUCAACUACCAUCCGACACUUUUCUGUCAAAGUUUCCGUGA